AUGGAGGGUAUGAGGGGUAGACAUGGUAUAAAGACCUUGAAUCAACCUCCUGAGACAUUUGCCACUCCGUAUACUCUUCCCAUGUCAACUUUGAGGAUUGACACUUCCUUCACGCAACAGUGGAACCAAGCGCGAAUAUCGUCCGCCGGAAUCGGUCAUUUAAGUCGCACCCCGGUCUUCAGACCGAGAAUAUUGGCGGUCACCUUACAUGGGCUUGAAGCUGAAGCUGUAGAACAAAACUGCAAGGUAGAGGGAACAUGGCUAUGGCCUUAUGCCGACGGAAAACAACCUCUACCUCAGGGUACACAAUUGUCCGUGAAUUUGGAAGUCUCGGUACCCCCUGAUAGACUCUGUACCUUGUGCGUAACCCCACUUCACGAAGCGUGUUGGAUCGUAAAGUGGAAUGAGGAUAUUGCAACACUUGUACAUCCUGAACAUUUUGGGCUCAGGGAGGAUGGGCAGUUGCAAGUCUUGACAAACAUGGAAUGGGAACCAGAUGUGUCAGGUCUUGAACAGGAAGCUGAUGUGUCUACAAGAUGGAGGGGAUCAAGGAGCAAUCCACACGCACUUGACCCAAAUCGUGUAGAUGAGAACUGCGUAAAAUUUAAUUGGCUUAAACCGCACCAUAUUAUAAAAGGGUUGCCGCCUGGCACUCUUGUAUCCACUUCUUUCAAAAAUUUAGAUCAAAAAGAGACGCUUUGUGCCAUCUGUGAUACCAUUGUUGACCGGGGUGUUUGGCUGGUGAGCCCAUAUGAAGAUUUUGCUGUGAUGGUUCAUUCCAAGGACAUCAAUGUAACUAUGCAGAGGGGAGUGCCCUGUGUCAUGUUUGCUCCAAAAACAGCAUCAUCAACUCAGGCAGGGUGGACAUUCUCAGCUCAAGAAAGAGGCAAGGACAAUGACACGACCAACACAUCCCCCAACUUUUGCUCUUGGCGAGUGAAAGCAAAGGGUCACAGAAAGAUCAAACCCAAUGUCAUAACCCAGUGCUGUAAAAUUCAAGACUGGCUCACACCAGUGUACCAAUACUCUGAGAGUAAAACAGAGUUACCUCGUGGAACUAGGAUAUCUGAAACUUUCUUCAUUGAGUGGUACCCUGAUCUUCCAUGCCCCAUUUGUAAAACUGAAAUACAAAGUGGUGUCUGGGUGAUCCAGCUCAAAACCGAUAUUGCCACGAUGGUUCAUGCAUCGGACAUAAUUACUGUGAGAGAAGGCAGCCGUGCAAGGUACGCUCUACAGGCAGGAGAGAAACCUCCCCCCAUGGCUCUCCCUUCUCCUGCUGGAAGCUCAUGA